GCAAAAUAUAUUAUUUCUAUUUUAAUAUGUGUAUAUAUAUAUUUCAAUGAAAUAUGCGAACAAGCAUCAUCAUUGUUUUGGCUUUUGCUACUGGGAUUGUUAUAGCUACAUCAAGAAAUUAUAAUUAUUCUCAUUUCAUAAAGCAUCAUGCAGGACCACGAGUAAUUCGAGGUUUUAAACCUGAAUAUAUAUCUACAGCAUAUGGUUUUGGAAAAAGACAAAAUAUUAUUGAUGUCCCAAAAAUUAAUAAAAAUGAACGAAUUUUAUCGAUACUUCUACGCUAUUUUCCACAGGGAAUUCCUAUAGAAUGGUUACUUCAACAAAUAAAAACAAAUCCAACCUUUGCUACAAAAUUAACACAAAUAUUAAUGAAUGAACGUACUGAUUUUAUGUCAAUGAUGGAUCGUUCUAAUUCAGAAAGAAUAACUUGGCUAUAUUAAGUUUUUUAUCAUAUGAUUAAAUUAUAUACACAAUUUUUAGCUAUAUCUUCUAGUUUAAUAAAUAUGCGAUAUUUAAAAG